AUGGGAGGUACCAGCUGUGGCCUCCCGUUCUCGCUCUUUGCCCGCCUCUGGAUUUUUCUCUCAGGUCUUUCUUCUCCUCCACGCAUGCAGAAAACAAAGUCUCGACAGAAGCUUCAGUCUUCUUCAACUCGAAAGAACGCUAGAGCUGAACAAGCGACAAGACCCGAGAGGAAAAAGUGCCUGGUUGGCGGUGCAUGCAAAAAAGGACUCGUUGUUGAGACUUGUGACGGCACCCUUUGCACAUUUGAGAAAUGCCUUUCCCCUUUCUCAGCAGUGUUUCUCUUUUCCCUUCAGUGGUUUUUCUCUUUUUCCCCCGCAGAUUUUGCUAUUCUUCCGGCACCGCCUCCUCCUCACACGAUUUCGUCUUCAGGCUCAACAGGGGCGCCAGGCACAAAACGCACUUUUUCUAAUUGGAAAAACGCUUCGCGGCUCUCCAAACGUUUUUUUCCGCGGCCUGGCGAACUUCGUACGUUUCUCGCUGCAAGAGCGCCGCGUCUCUCCUCUGUGCAGGACGCUCGACCACGGAAACGUUCUGUCUCUGCGUCUUCCGCGAGUGGAGCGGCAACAGACAUGUGCGGAGAGAACGGCAAGGAAAAAGAACGAGAAAAGGGGAGGCGAAGAGAGAGAAAGAGACAGACAGCGAGGAGAAACCCACGAGAGAGACACGGAAGAGAUCGGAGAGAGAACCGAAGAGAUGAGACAGAGAGGCUGGAAGGUCCUUGA